AUGUCUGCAGACCUACCCAAGCGAGAUGCAGUGACUGCUGCAUUCAAGCACGCAUGGCUAGCCUACGAGAGGGACGCGAUGGGCGAUGACGAGUACCAUCCCAUUGGCAAGUCCGGCUCGAACUUGACGAGUGCUGGCGGCAUCGGCUACACCGUUGUCGACUCGAUUGAUACCAUGAUCAUCAUGGGACUCGACGAGGAAUAUCAGCGUGCACGGACCUGGGUCGCAGAAAAGAUGUCCUUUGAGCGCGAUGGAAACUUCAACACAUUCGAAACGACGAUCCGCGUGCUUGGUGGCCUGUUGUCUGCAUUCCACCUCAGCGGAGACUCGAUGUACGUCGAGCGCGCGAAAGACCUCGCGGAUCGCAUCGUGCCGGCGUUUAGUACCAAGACGGGGCUUCCGCUUUCUCAAGUUAAUCUUGCGAAGCGCAUCGGUGUGCCGGACAAUGACAACCGGGGGCUCGUCAGCACAGCUGAGGUAUCCACGCUGCAGCUAGAACUCAAGUACCUGAGUCUCCUGACAGAUGAAGAGGUCUACUGGGAGAAGGCGGAACAGGUAAUGAAAGUCAUCAAAGACGCCCGCAUCGCGACAGGUCUCGCUUCUAUCUUCUUGAAUCCUGAUGAUGGUAAAUUCGCAAUAUCGCCUAUCCGUCUGGGAUCUCGUGGCGACUCGUAUUACGAAUACCUGUUAAAACAGUAUAUCCAAACUAACUAUACUGAGCCUGUGUAUCGCGAUAUGUACGAUGAUGCCAUGACGGCUGUGCACACGCACCUCAUCAAAAAAUCUGAAGAGGAAGGACUGACAUACACUGCGGAGAUUCUCCCCGAGCGGGAUACACAGGGCAAAAUAACCUGGCGUAUGAUACCCAAGCAGGACCAUCUGGUCUGCUUCUUUGGCGGCUCGCUCAUGCUCGGCGCGGUGACAACCGGGACCAUAGAACAUGCUGCGUCAGUCCCGCCUCGCGCGGCAGAGCUGACUGCACAGGGAACGCGCGACUGGAUUAGCGGCGUCGAGCUUGUGCGCACAUGUAUGGAGACACACAGGACAGCGACCGGGCUAUCCCCAGAGAUCGUGCACUUCAAGACCGCCACGGACCACAUCGAGAGUGCCCACGACUGGUACAUCAAAGGCGCACGCCCAGGCCACACGCCGUACGACGCACGCUACAUCCUCCGGCCCGAGACGGUGGAAUCGCUCUUUAUUGCAUGGCGCCUUACGGGCGACCCGCAGUACCGGCAGUGGGGCUGGGAGAUCUUCGAGGCGAUCGAGGCGCACUGCCGCGUCGCGUCCGGCGGGUACGCGAGCGUGCUGAACGUGGACGCGCUGCCAGUCGCGCUCGAGGACAAGAUGGAGACGUUCCUGAUGAGCGAGACGCUAAAGUACCUCUACCUGCUCUUCUCGGACGAGAGCGUGCUGCCGCUGUCGGAAUACGUGUUCAAUACAGAGGCACAUCCCUUCCCCAUCUUCCACCCCACGCGUGGCACGGGUUUCUUCUGAGUCGGACCGAUCCCCGUAGCACCCUAGGCGCUCUGUACAAUUUUAUCUACC